ACCAGUCUGAGCGUAUUUGAAGUUACAAAAAAAUUUAAGCAAACAAAAUAAAAAUAAUUAAAAAUAAAACUACAAAUAUUAUUCAUACUCAGAAUCUAAGCAAAAUGGGUCCAAAAAGUCCACGCAUACGCAUAACGGAAUAUAGCUCAAACGGGGAAGACUCACCGCGUGGCAAAAACAAUACGCCCCGUACGCCCUACAACAAGUCGAUAAUUGGCACUCAAAUGAAGAAGCGUCGCUCGCAGACAACUUAUCAGCGCAUGAACCAGAAGCUAUUGCGCACUGAGCCCAAGAUACACAUGAAGCCGCUGUCCAACAUACCCAGGUCAGUGUACCUUACACCCUCCAGUUCGGACACUGAAUUGAGCACCAACAGCCAAUCAGCUCCAAAGCUGGCUAAAUUGCCAGCGGCCACGCCUGCUUUGUCUCCACUGCCGCCCUACUUGACACUAAAGCGUCAGCAGACGGCGGCCAUUCUCAACUUCCAGGCUCGCAAAUCUGUUUCCCAAAUGGACUUCAAGGAGGCGCGUCGCACUGGUAACUAUCAGCUGGUGGCGCACCUGUCCAGCUCCAAGGCACUUGUGCCCGCCGUCAACAGUAAACAGGAGAAGCAGCUAACCAUCAAGGAUGACAAUCUAACCAAAUUGUUGUUACAAGAUGCCGCCCAGCUGUGCAACGACGCAGCACGUGGCAACGUUCACUUUCUUGUCAACUCUGAGCAAGAUGUGCGCACUGCCAGCCUACGCAUCUUCAACAGUCUGCUGUUGCGCUCCUGGCGUCGUCGUCGUGAUGAGGUCCGUCACCUCGGCGACCAGAUUGAGGAGUUCAAGCGAAGUCUCGUCAAAAAUCGCAAUCAACUGCAUGUCUAUAACUCAUUAUUUGCCGUGGAGAAGCGUCGCAGUGAUGUGCUGAACGAUCAACUAAAACAAUCCUAUGUGGACAGUGCCAAGACCAAAUUGUCUUACAAUGAGAUGAGCGCGCUGCUUGAACAGAGCAACAAAGAGAAGCAACAAUUGGUGGAAGAAUCAGUGCAGAAACAACAAGAAAUUGAGAAUCUGCAGGAGCUGCUGCAGCUCAGCAAAAAGGAUCUGUUCCAGGCCAAUGCGCAGCAGCGAGAUCAAUUGGAGCAGCUGACGCGUGUCCAAGUGGAAUCCCAGAAUGCAAAGUUUGAUAUUGAAGAGUUGACGGAACAGCUGCAAUCACUAAAACUGGAAUUGGCUCAAAGGCAGCAGUAUGUGGAUAAACUGCGGGAUAAUAUUAUUGAUAUAGAUAAGCAGCUAAAGGAUUCGAGCACAAAACUCUUGGAGCACAAAAGCGAAACGGAGCUGCAUAUUGGCAAAUUAAUGGCGCGCUCGGCAAAGUUGGAGCUUGCCUGCAAGCAGAAGGACGAGCAGCUAGCUACGCUGCAGAACUGCUUGGCCGCCACAGUGGGUCAGCGCAUUCGCCAGUGCUUGGCCCAACGAGAAGUCUAUCAACAUGCCACGUUUCGUCUGAUGCACUUUGUUGCAUAUUGCAUGCUACCGGGCACGCCUCCGCCGCUCAUACCCAUGCCCUCGCUGCCGGAUGCUGUUAAGAAGAUUCGGGGCAUAUUUAAUGCCAGCGGCAAGGAAUCGCACAACGAGCUUAAGGACAUCAGUGUUGCAUUAUCAAAAUGAGCUCAAUGUAAAUUUAAAUUAAUUGUAUUCAAUUUGUUCAUAACAAUGUUCUCAGUUACUGUUAAUUGGUUCAAGUUCAU